AUGACGUCUAAUGCAGCGGAAUCUUUUAACUCUCGGUUGUGGUGGGCUAGGCGUUUACCAAUGUGCUCUUUACUUGAAUCGUUUCGCACACUUUUGGAGGAUUGGUUUGACGAGCAACGUACAUCGUCUGAAUCGAGAGAUCGUGUGUUAACGGUGUCUACUUUCAACAAGCUAUCUAAUUCUGUGCAAGCAAGUCUCUCUCUUACUGUUCGAGCCACCAUCGGACUUGUGUAUAAAGUUGAUGAGGAUGAUCAACAAUAUCAAGUCGAUCUUCAGAAUUGGACUUGUGAGUGUCGAGAGUUUGAUGAGGAUAAAAUUCCAUGCAAGCAUGCGGUUGCUGCUAUAAGGUGGGCGGGCAAUGGUUUGAAUGUGUACGAUUUCGUACACAAAUAUUUCAAACAAUAUGAGUUGACACAAACUUAUGCCGAACAUUUGAAGGACUACCCUCACGACGGCGUCAAGUGUGCUCUAGGUGUAAUGGAACAGGACACAAUAGAAAAAAAAUGCACAAUAUCUAUCCCCGUGGGUGGGGUGGAUUUGAAUGUUCCAUUUCAAGAAGCAGAGUUUGAGGAAACUUCUCAUGCCACAGAUGAACCAUCUCAUGAUACGGAGGAAGCACAACCGACUCAGAGACGUCGGAAGAAAAAAAGAUGUAGCAAUUGUGGAGAAGAGGGUCAUGAUAUUAGAGCAUGUCCAAUGCUCUUCCGUGAAUAA